GUUUACUACGACUUACGUCACCUAUCAAAGUUACUGAAAUAGCAAAAUGGCAGGAGACGAAACACAAAAUAUUUCUGACAUUGUAGCAUCGAAAUUUGCCAGCAAUGCAUCUUCCUCUGGAUCACGUUGCAUGGCACAGGCGGCCAUAGAACGGGCAAACCUGCUGAACAUGUCUAAAUUGUGCAUCAAGAAUUUAAUCGAAAGUUCUUUGAAAUUAGGACGGACGUUGGGCGAAGAUCACGGACCUUUGCAACAAUUCUUUGUUAUAUUUGAGCAUGUUCUAAGGCAUGGCCUCAAAGUGAAAAGAAAUUUCCUUGGUAUUAGUAAAGAUUAUUGGGGUCCUCUAGAGUUUAUUGAAAAAAUUGAUAGAGAGGCGGCUGAAAUAACAGAAAGUGUCAGAAACCUUCCUGGAUUGAAGACAUCCUUGGGUCGAGGACGUGCAUGGCUUCGCCUUGCUAUGAUGCAGAAAAAAGUUGCAGAGUAUAUCAACAAUCUUCUUACUAGAAAAGACAUUUUAAGUGAAUGGUAUGAAUCAUCAGCAACACUGAUGGGUGAAGAAGGUGCUGUUAUUGGUGGUUUGCUUGUUAGUCUGAAUGUCAUUGAUUGUAAUAUUUGCAUCAAGGGAGGUGAUUUAGAUGUUCAGAGAAAUGUUAUUGAUUUGAGUUACUAUUUGAAAGAAGGCAACUAUUUGGAAAGACCAGAAGAGAAAAAUGAAAACAGCUCAGGCAACAUUGCUCCAGGCGUUGACAUGGAAUUAGUUUUGGAUCAAAAAGCCUAUCUUGAAGAAAUAAACAGAAAUCUAACCUCAACAGUGGCAGAUCUUCAAGCAAAGGUGAAAUAUUUAGAGGAACAGGAUAAAUCACAGAAAGAAGAGCUUGGUAAAGUGAAGCUUGAGUUGAAAACAGUUAUGUAUGAACGAGAUGAUUUAAGAAAUGGUAGCAGCAGCGUCGUCUUACAACAUAAACGACAACUUGAGAUUGUUCAAGCAGACAUUAAUGUUGAACGGGAAACUUAUGUAAAGUCAAGGGAAGGUUUAAAUGAAAUGUAUGAUGACGUCAAAAAACAAUUAGAUGUAGAAAAGAGCCUACGAAAGGAAGCAGAAAAUGAAUUGCAGCUUAUGAAAAAUAUGAAAAAUGAAAGUGAAAUUGCGAUGCAGUUGCUUGAGAAGGAUAUUCAUGAGAAACAAGACACAUUGAUAUCAUUGAGGAGACAAUUACACGAUAUAAAGAAGAUUAAUUUAGAUCUUCACACGAAAUGGCAGGAAAGUCAAAAGGAGAUUGUAAAUUACGUGGAAAAAUUGAAUGAUAUGGAAGAGAAAUGUCGUCGGACUACUUGCGAAUCUAAAGAAAUGGACUAUAGGUUUAACGAACUCAUGAAAGAAAAAAACAGCUUAGAAGAGACGAUGGAGCAAAUCAGUCAACAACUUGUGAUAUGUGAAAGCAAAAGAAAUGCUCUUGAAGUUGAUUUGAAAAUCGAGCGGGAUUGGAGGUCUGGGCUCCAGGAAGAGUUGACGCGAGUUAAUGAAAAUCUUUCUCAAAUGGAAGUUCGUGUCCGAGAAUAUGAAGAGUUAAAACAAAAAUACUUCUCCUUAGAAGAAACUCAUGAAGAUUUAAAAAAGGCAUUUUUUGAACAAGAAACAGCUUUAGUAGAGAUGGGAAAUACAUUAAGCAGUUCCCAUUUGAAAGUUGUUGAAAUGAAAGAAGCUCAUCAAAGCAUGAAGGAAAUGAAAUGGGCUGACGAUAAAGACGCAGAUUAUUGUCAGCUAUGUAAGCAAGUAUUUUCAAUAUCUAGAAGGAAGCACCAUUGUCGUAACUGUGGCGGCAUCUACUGCAAUUCAUGCUCCGAUAAUUUGAUGCCAUUGCCCUCGUCAGCGAAACCAGUCAGAGUUUGUGAUGUAUGCUACAAUAUGUUGUUACAACGUUAUCAGAGUUAAGGAAGGCUCACAUGUGGAUGGAUUAAAGGGAGGACCAAAUAUGGUCAUGCGGGUAUUAGGAUGACUUUAUAAGAAGACUAAAGAUGGUUACAUAAUUCCAGAAUUCAUGAUGGCAUCUGAUGCAAUUGUAAAUUUCAUUUUUUUCUCUCAACUGACUAUCUUAUACACCGGUCUUCUCUGAAACUUGAAAAUCUCUCUAUUUGCCAGGUUUAGGCAGUAAGUGAAGUUAUCAAAAGUAGCCUGCGAAAAGGCUACCCACGAUAACUGUAAGUCUUUUAGCCAAGACCAAGAAGGUUCUGCCUUACUUAUUUACCAUCGUAAAACUAUUCUUCUUCAGCUUAAAUUAAUUAGAUAAGUAUUCCAAAAAUUCUAUCAAAAUUAAUUUGUGAAUGUUGUCAAUUGUCAUAGGAAAGCGGGGGGGAGGUGUCUAAAAUACAUUCGUCAUAUUUCAUUGUAAAAAGUUAAAACUGUCGUGAUUAGUUAUUAUUAUUAUUUCAUGACAUAUUUAUAAUAAAAUAAAGUUAUCAAUCGAA